UUGGUUGUUUCCAACAAUAGAAACUGGCUUUGUCUAUAUUUCCCCUUUUUUUACUAAAAGAAAACAUCACAUAAUCCCGCUAAAUAGACCAUGAUUUCAAACAUUGUUAGAAGAGCCUCUCCUAUCUUACUUCGUACGAAUACUAGAUCCUUUUUCUCACAGACCAGUAACAGCAUCAUUGGUUCCUGGUCUGAUUCACCUCACGCACAGUCCUUGAUUCCUAUGGUUGUCGAGAAUACUGGCAGAGGUGAAAGGUCUUACGACAUCUUUUCUCGCUUGUUAAAAGAACGUAUUAUUUGUUUAAAUGGACCUGUUAACGAUAGUGUUGCUUCGGUCAUUGUGGCCCAGCUCUUGUUUUUGGAAUCGGAAAGCACAGAAAAACCAAUUAGUUUGUAUAUCAACUCUCCCGGUGGAAGCGUCACUGCCGGUAUGGCUAUUUACGAUACAUACAUUCAAUCACCUGUUUCUACAUUAUGUAAUGGGCAAGCAUGCUCCAUGGGAUCUCUUUUACUCACUGCAGGCGAACCAGGUAAAAGAUACGCAUUACCUAAUGCAUCAAUCAUGAUCCAUCAGCCCUCAGGAGGAGCUGCAGGUCAGGCUUCUGAUAUUGCUAUUCAUGCACGUGAAAUUCUCCGUGUUAGAGAGCGUUUGAAUAAAAUCUACCAAAGACAUACUGGUAUCCGCGAAAUUGAAACCAUUGAAAAAAUGGUGGAAAGAGAUUAUUUUAUGACUGCUGAAGAAGCCAUGAAUUUCGGUUUAAUCGAUAAAGUCCUUGAGAAACGUGUGGUUGAACCAAGAACCGAUGAACCCAAAAAAUAAAAAAUAAAAAAAAAAUUACAAGGAUGAAAUAAGACCCUUUGUAAAUUCGGUAGUACUGUUUUGACCUCCCAUAUCACGAGUUUUAAAUUGACCU